ACUUGGUCCACCUGCGCAAAAAUACGUCACUGCCACGGCGACGUGACAGCGAGUUCGCACCGGGAAAGCCGCGUCGGAGGCAAAACCCGCUUCACUUCCUUCGCCUGCAAAAUAGGGAUGGGAGAGUCUCGACUUAUCAUGGAGGAGCUGCUGGCUUUCUUCAACCAACGAAUUGCAAUGGAGGAAAAUGCAAUGAACAUUGAACUUGAGUUCAUUGAGGUGGUGAAAAACUUUGAGGCCGUCAGAAAGCAAUGGCUGCACGCAGAGACGGAGCUGAAGAAGUACAAGGAGCUCCUGGUGAAGUCGGACGUGGCCAAAGCUGGGCUGGAGGUUCAACUCAAGCACGCCCGCAACCAGCUUGAUGUGGAGAUGAGGAGACGUUACAAGAUGGAAGCCGAUUAUCAGUACCUGCAAAGGCAGAUGCAGCUCAUGUGCGACAUCUUGGUUCAGGACAGUAAAGCCAGCGCAUGUUUGAACGAGGAGCAGAAAUCCCUUUUGGCCACGUUUGAUCACAAAGGUGCAAAUAAGACCGCGCACCGCAGCAGCAAACGGUUGUCAGCCAUCGACGAGUCGUCCUUCUUCUCGCACUCGGACAUCAGCUACGAUCGGACGGAUGAGGACAUGGACCUGGACACAACGUUGCUGAAACCUCUGAGGUCACGAGCACGAGAGAGGAGGCGUUCGUCGAUGGGCGUGACGAUUUCUGCUGCGCUCGGAAAGCCAGGGCAAAGUGGGAAUGUUUCUCCUGAGACGCUGGGGCGGGAAACUGUGGAGAAGGUGGUGGAGACCAUCGUGCAGGAAUUAGUGAUGACCCCCGAAACUGGAGGUCCUGUUCACACGGUGGCCGAAAUCACCCAGGAGAGACCUGAAGAGCCCGCGCAGGAAUCUGCUCUUCCUGACAGUGGCAGAGAUCAAACGUCUGUGGGCUUUCCGAGUGAUCCCAAUGCAGCUCAUGUGCAGAUGGAAACAUGUCCCAAGCACGACUUUCUCUCUAAGACGGUGCGAGACUCCUCCGGUUUCCUGUUUAAAAAGUUCAACUUGCGCCACCAUCACAACCUGCCUCUCGCCUUCCUUCGCCAGGUGAUCCGGCCUGAGAUGUGUUUGCCUUGCGGCAAGAGGAUCCGCUUUGGCAAGAUUGCGCUCAAGUGCAGAGGCUGUCGCAUUGUUUCUCAUCCAGAGUGCAAACAGAAAUGGAGCGAGGCCUGUGCCCCCACCGCAUCCACACGUGCGGCGCACAUGGUCUCACUGGAGGGUUUUGCUCCCGCGAGCCAUCCCAGCAUUCCUGCGCUCGUCGUCAAGUGCGUGAAAGAAAUCGAAAGGAGAGGCUUACAGGAGCGAGGCCUCUACAGAGUUCCUGGCGGCGAGCGUCAGGUCAAGGAGUUGCGCGAUCGCUUCAUGGGUGGUAAAACGCAGCUCCAACUGAGUGACGUUUCGGACAUCCACGUGGUUUGCGGUGUCCUCAAAGACUUCCUGAGGAAGCUGAAAGAACCGCUGGUCACUUUCAAGCUCCACCGCAACUUCAUGGCAGCUUCAGAGAUGAGCAACGAACAAGAAAGGUCAGCCGCCAUAUUUCGGGCCAUCGCGCAGCUGCCCAAGCCCAACAGAGACACGCUGGCCUUCCUCAUGCUUCAUCUCCACAAGGUGAUGCGUAGUCCUCCGUGUCAGAUGGACCAGAAUAAUUUAUCCAGAGUUUUUGGACCCACCCUGGUGGGACACGCACUGUCGGAACCAUCGCCGUCAACAAUCAUGCGUGACACAAAUAUUCAGCCGAAGGUUAUUUGUCACUUCUUGUCAGUCCCUGAAGACUACUGGAAGCGUGUCCUCGGCGCCCAAGGAGCCUCUUCUCAUAAACGCAGCAACCAGGGUGAAGGACUGGCUCCUUUCUUUGACCCGCUAACGUCUCCCGAGCUGAACCACCACGACGUGCCUGCCAGGACGUCCAUGCGAAGUCGCGCUCGGAACUUGGGAAAGUAAGGUUUAAAAAAAAAAGGGAAAAAAAGUCUGAUUGUGUUCUGAUGAUUUUAUUUCUAAAAGAAAAAAUGCUUCCUUCAGCAGUGGAGCUGCCACGCCGGGCAGGUUUUUUCCGUCCCCCACCUGAGACAUUCUUCAUCCACCUUUCGUAGCAAUUGAGUAUCCUUUGAAUGUGUAUUUUGUUUGUGAGAAAUAAAGAUUAAAUGAAAUAUAUUAAACCGG